GAGAUUAUUUCUGGGCUUCUGGUGGCACCCCCAGUUCGUUAAAUCCGUCAGAAUCCUUAAAAGAGGGCACGAAAUAAGAGAAACCAGCGGAGAAACUACCGUAGCCCACGUGACCACCGCCGACCAAUAGCAGCCGAGAAGCCUCGUUUAUACUCGGAAAUUUUCUGACAAGCGUAGAAAACUUUUCAUCAACAGCCGCCAUUUUGACUUACUUCACUGUGUUGAAAUUUGGAAAUAAUUCUUGAAAUUUAUAGUUGUUUCUGACCCCCUAGUGCGUUUUAGUUGCAAUAAUCAAGUGCGGUAAUGUUCGAUGUGUGGUUCUGCCUUGUUUAAGUGUGUUAUUUCACGCCGAUGCUUGGAAAAUAUUGUGCAUUCUACUCGGGAUCAUUGUGCAAGUUCCGAGCGAAGAUGGAGAGUGGAACCCAGUAAGCCUAGGCCUAUCGGCCGACCAGGGGCUUCUUUAUGUCCGAUGGUUGACUUGGCGAUGUUAAUAUGUCCUUUGACGGAUAUUCUGAGCACAGAACUGAUGGCAUGAUCAGACCGAGGCGUCGUUCGAUGCGAGUGUGGGCCCACGGGCCAUGUGUAUCGGAUAUAAGUCGCAGUAAUACAGAAACUUAGGCUAGAGGGCACGGCUUUGUAAACAGGGCGAUCAUGGGCGACCAUCUAGUGGACGGGCCGCCAAACAAGCGGCCCAAGCUGGCGGAUCCUUUUCAGUCCAACCAAGAAGGUACGGACUUGUAUGGCGGGGCAGAUAUGUUCGAAUUGAUUGAGAAUGAUCUUCCGGAUGAACUGAUGAAUGGGCCAUGGGGUGGUUCCGGUGAUUCUCUGACCACCACCAACAAGGUCCAUGCCACAGGUCCCGGACCUGGGGUGCCUGGUGGCCCGGGCAUGGGUGGUCCUGGUGGAGGUCCUGGGGGCCCCCAGCAAGCUCCCUCAGGACCUGCUGGAGGAGGUCCAGGCGGAGCUGUGGCUCCCAAUGUGCUUCAAAAUGGAGCGGUUGAUCCUUCGGGCCAGAACCAAGGAGUAGCACAUCAAUUAGCUCAUCAGCUGCAGCUUCAACAACAGGGCAAUAAAAAUCUUGUGGCUAAUUCAAUGGCACUACAACAGCAAGCAGGGAACAAGAACCUAAAUCCAAUGCAAAUACCUCCCAAUGUAGCAGUGAGCAAAACAGGAGUAGGCGUCAGUGGCGAUCCAAACAUGGUUGUCAGUCUAGGGAUGGCCAACGCCAACUCAAUGCAGUCGUCCAUGUCUAACGUCAUGCCAGGAAUCAACAGUGGUGCUAGUGGGGGAUUUCAAAAAAUUUCAGGCAUGAUGGUGGCCAAUGCUGGUGGCAUUAAUUCAAUGAGUGGAAUGGCAGGUGGUGGACUAGUGGUGAACAGUUUAAACAAAGGUCCCCAACCUGUGACUAUGAUGAGUGGUGGGCCUCAGGGACCUGGACCACAAGGGCCCCAUCAUCCUGCAGGACACCCAGGAGUAAAUGUGGUGCCAGGCGCGGGCCUUCAGAAUGGGCCCUUGAUGAGAUUGCAACUACAGCAGCAGCAGCAAAUGGUCGCAAGGGGCCAGUCUCCUCAUCAAGUGCACGGCAUCAACAUGCCUGGCCCUGGCCCAGGCCCUCGCAUGCAGGGCCCAACCAUGGCCAACAUGGGCCAGAUGCCUGGUGCCAUGAAUGCUGCCAGUCCGUACGGGUACGGCUCCCCUGGUGCUCCUGCACCCAACGCUGGAGUUGUUGCGCCACAGCAGAGAGGAGUGGGUCCCAACAUGGUGGCACUGCAGCAGCAGAGGUUUGGCGCUGGGGGCCCCCCAGUUGUGGGCGGGAACGAAGGUGGAAUGGCUCAGCAGGCCCAGCCACCUGCUCCCUCGCCUGCUCAACCUCAGUCAGGUGCACCCAGUGGUGGUCAGCCAGGGCCUCAAGCAGCCACCCAAGGUGCUCAAAACCCAGGACAACCCAGUGGGCCUCAAGCACCCCCCUCCGCAGCAGACCCAGAAAAGCGUAAAUUAAUUCAGCAACAACUUGUUUUAUUACUUCAUGCUCACAAAUGUCAACGUAGAGAAAGUCAGACAAAUGGAGAAGCUCCUAAUUGUCAACUUCCUCAUUGUACAACUAUGAAGGGUGUCCUAACACACAUGACAAGUUGUCAAGCUGGUAAACAGUGUCCUAUUCCUCAUUGUUCAUCUUCAAGACAAAUUAUUAGCCAUUGGAAACAUUGUACAAGAAUGGACUGUCCUGUGUGCCUACCAUUAAAACAAGCGGGUGGUGACUUUAGAAAACCUCAAGUUGUCAAUCAGCCUGCUGCUAAUGCUCAACCCAACCCAUCUCAAGCGGACAUGAGAAGAGCAUAUGAUGCUUUAGGUUUUGGCGUGGGUAAUCUGGUAACUCCGGCUCCUCCAGGGAACGUGUUGAGACCUCGAGCUCCAGUGCCAGCCCAAGUUCCUGGGGCCAUCAACCCUCCGCAAGCGCCUCCCAACAUGUCGGUGGGGACACCCAAUGUGAGAUUAAUUCCACCCCAACAAAGUGGUCCAGCAGGAGGAAUGAAUGUGUCUGGGGCAGGCCCUGGACAUGUUUCCGCUCCACUGCCCCUUGGGAGUGACCCCUCCUCCAACGCCACCCCGCAAGUCUCGGCGCCCGGACAGGCCUCCGCGCCUACAGCUGCCAGCCUGCAACAACAGCAGCAGCAGCAACAUAUGCAGAACACACUGUUUGGUAUUUCCAACAAUGGUGAAGCUCAAACUACAAAUGCAAAUCUUCCACCUGGUCUACAGGCAAGUCAGGUCACAGCCAUGUCAGUCCCAGGUACCAAAGAGUGGCACCAGUCAGUGACUCCUGAUUUACGCAACCAUUUAGUUCACAAAUUAGUGCAAGCAAUUUUUCCAACACCUGAUCCUACUGCCAUGUUGGACAAAAGAAUGCACAAUUUAGUUGCGUAUGCACGAAAAGUAGAAGGUGACAUGUAUGAAGUGGCCAAUUCUAGAUCAGAGUAUUACCAUCUACUGGCGGAGAAAAUUUAUAAGAUUCAGAAAGAAUUAGAGGAGAAACGGCAAAAGCGCAAAGAGCAGCAACAGCAACAACUUCAGCAGCAGCAGCAACAGCAGGUCCAGCAGCAACAGCAACAAGUUCAGAUUCAACAACAGGUUCAACAGCAGCAAAUGCCACAUCCUCUAAGACCUAAUGCACCUCGCCCUGUUCCUCCAGGGAUGAACCAAACCAUUGGUCCGAUGGGCAAUGUUGGAGGUAUCCGCAUGCCACUGCUUCCUGGUCCUGGUCAGAUUCCUCCCGGCCAAAUGGGAUCUUUACCAGGGCCGAGUCCAGACGGCCAGCAAACGCAAAUGGUUCAAGGGCCUGGAGGGCUAUCCCCCUUCUCAACCACUACAACCACAACUAGUCAGUUUUCUGCAAAUAAUGGUGUUGGUGGUCUGAUGCCUCCCCAAGGACCUGCAUUCCAAGAUAUUAUGAAGAGGCAGAUUGGGGCCUCUGGAGUUCCCAACAGUACUCCAAAUACUCAAGCACCACCUCUGGGCUUCAAUAACCUCCAGCAACAGCAACCAAACCAGCAGUCUGCUGUUCAGGCACAGAUGCUACCUCAGGGUCCAGGGGGUCCCGGUCAGGGACCUCAGUCUCAACCUCUCCCCAGCCCUCAGUUCUCUUCUCCACCUCCCGCUGGCCCAGGCGGGCCAGGCGGGCCAGGCAUGCAGCAGGGACCACAAAGUCAGCAGGGUCCUCAGGGCCCUCAAGGACAGCAGGGUCCGAGAAUGGGAAUGCCACCCACACCCACCAGCCAGGACGGGCACAUUCCCAAUCCCUCAAUGCUGGUGUCGAGUUCACCCUCGCCAGGGCUCACCCCAACCUCCAACGGUCUCCCUGGAGGCCCCGGAGGGCCGGGCUCCGUCCAGGGACAAGGUCCUCAAGUGUCAGCCUCAGCACCCACACCCCUUUCAUCUCAGUCGUCUCUCUCUGGACUUGGCCUCAUGACUUCCACGGCGGUUACGGCCCCUAACUCUGUGCCAACUCCGGGUUCAACAGCGUCUACCAAUGGUAAGGCCACAAACACCAUGCUGGCGUCAACCACAGCAUCUUCCAGUCCAUCAGCAGCUGCAUCGCCCAGCUCUCCAAUUGCUCCUCUCAGUAUGGGCAAGGGUGGUGGAGCUAGUAAUGGUGCCAUGAACAGGAACCAAGCAUCCUCGAGAUCGAGCAUGUCCAGCCAAAUGUCAGCACUCACUGCUGCUUUGGAGAGAGACCAGGAUUCACCGCCUUCAAACAGCAAUGUUGGCAAGAAUAUCAAGGAAGAAAAAUAUGAUGAAGAUUCUCAGGCUGAUGGAAAGGGUAGUGGCAAACUAAAGCAUGAGAUAAAGACUGAACCCAUGGAUGAGUCAAACUCCGAUUCCAAUUCUUUGGCUGUUAAAGAAGAGAUUAAGCAAGAACCCUCCAGCCCUAUGCAUAACAAUGUUGCUCAUAGUGUUUCACAGUCAGAGAACAAAGACCUCAUGGACAUAAAAGACAUCAAGCCGGUUGUGCCUGAUUCUGAUGGAAGUUCCAGCGCUUCUGGUGCCUCUGAAAAGCGGAAAUGCUCAUUUAAACCAGAUGAACUACGCGUGGCUCUCAUGCCAACCCUAGAAAAGCUCUAUAGACAGGAUCCAGAGUCCAUUCCAUUCAGACAACCUGUAGAUCCCACAUCAUUAAAUAUCCCUGACUACUUCGACAUAGUCCGGAAGCCCAUGGACUUAUCAACUGUAAAACGAAAGUUAGAUACAGGCCAAUAUUCAGACCCAUGGGAGUAUGUUGAUGAUGUGUGGCUAAUGUUUGAAAAUGCCUGGCUAUACAAUAGAAAAACAUCAAGAGUAUACCGGUACUGCACAAAGUUGUCAGAAGUGUUUGAACAAGAAAUAGAUCCUGUUAUGCAGGCAUUAGGGUACUGUUGUGGCCGCAAGUACACCUUCAAUCCUCAGGUUCUUUGUUGUUAUGGCAAAACAAUGUGUACAAUUUCACGGGAUGCCAAGUAUUAUAGUUACCAAAAUAGGUACACUUUCUGUCAAAAGUGCUUUAAUGAAAUACCUGGCGACUCUGUUACAUUGGGAGAUGAUCCUACCCAAACUCAAACUGUUAUCAAGAAAGACCAAUUCAAGGAGAUGAAAAAUGAUCACCUUGAAUCAGAGCCUUUUGUUGACUGUGGUGACUGUGGGCGGAAGUUGCACCAGAUCUGUGUACUUCAUAUGGAAAAUAUCUGGCCGCAAGGAUUUUUAUGUGAUAAUUGCCUCAAGAAGAAAGCCUCAAAGAGGAAAGAUAAUAAGUUUAAUGCUAAGAGAUUACCGACAACAAAACUGGGGACCUACAUUGAGACUAGAGUCAACAACUAUCUGAAAAAGAAGGAAGCCAGUGCUGGUGAAGUGGCCAUUAGAGUUGUGUCAAGCUCAGAUAAACUUGUAGAAGUGAAGCCAGGUAUGAAGAGCAGAUUCGUUGAAAGUGGAGAGCUUUCUGAACAGUUCCCAUACAGGGCCAAGGCUCUAUUUGCGUUUGAAGAGGUUGAUGGCACUGAUGUGUGCUUCUUUGGUAUGCACGUGCAAGAAUAUGGUUCAGAAUGCCCCAAUCCCAACACCAGAAGAGUGUACAUUGCAUAUCUAGAUUCUGUCCACUUCUUCAAGCCAAGACAGUUCAGAACAGCAGUUUACCAUGAAAUUUUGCUGGGCUAUCUAGACUAUGUGAAACAAUUAGGUUAUACAAUGGCUCAUAUUUGGGCUUGUCCUCCUUCUGAAGGGGAUGAUUACAUCUUCCACUGCCAUCCUGCUGACCAGAAGGUCCCAAAGCCAAAGCGGUUACAAGAAUGGUAUAAAAAGAUGCUGGACAAGGGCAUUAUUGAACGAAUUGUUUUAGACUACAAGGAUAUUUUGAAACAAGCAAUGGAAGACAAACUGAGCACUGCUGCUGACCUCCCCUACUUCGAGGGUGAUUUCUGGCCAAACGUUCUUGAAGAGUCUAUCAAGGAAUUGGAUCAGGAAGAAGAGGAGAAGAGGAAACAAGCUGAAGCUGCUGAGGCUGCAGCAGCAGCAAAUGCAGAUGACAGUGAAGAUGGCAUCGGUCCUGAUGGCAAAAAGAAAGGCUCUUCCAAAAAGGCUAAGAAUUCUAAGAAAUCAAAAUCUAAUCAAAGAAAAAACAGCAAGAAGUCAAGUGCCCAAGAAACAGGCAAUGACCUCUCUGCCAAAAUUUUUGCUACUAUGGAGAAGCACAAGGAAGUUUUCUUUGUUAUAAGGUUACAUUCAGCUCAGUCAGCAGCAAGCUUGGCAGCUAUUCAGGACCCAGAUCCUUUUAUCAACUGUGAUCUCAUGGAUGGUCGUGAUGCUUUCUUGACGAUGGCAAGAGAAAGGCACUAUGAAUUUUCAUCUCUAAGAAGAGCAAAGUUCUCGUCAAUGGCUAUGUUAUAUGAAUUGCACAACCAGGGACAGGACCGCUUUGUCUACACCUGUAAUAAUUGUAAAAGCCAUGUUGAAACUCGCUGGCAUUGUACUGUUUGUGAUGACUUUGAUCUCUGUGUCUCGUGCUAUGAGAAACCUGGACAUCACCACAAAAUGGAGAAACUUGGUUUUGAUUUGGACGAUGGAUCAUUGCCUUCUGACCAAAAGCAAGUCAACCCUCAGGAGGCGAGAAAGUUAUCUAUUCAACGCUGCAUUGCUUCUUUGGUGCAUGCUUGCCAAUGUCGCGAUGCCAAUUGCAGAUUACCAAGUUGUCAGAAGAUGAAGAGGGUUGUUCAGCACACCAAAAUGUGCAAAAGGAAAACAAAUGGUGGCUGUCCAAUUUGCAAACAGCUUAUUGCAUUAUGUUGUUAUCAUGCCAAGUAUUGUACAGAUCAAAAGUGCCCAGUUCCAUUCUGCCCCAACAUCAAACAUAAGAUGAAACAGCAACAGCUCCAACAGAGGGUACAGCAAGCACAACUGCUAAGAAGACGAAUGGCUGCCACAAUAAACUCGACAAGGCCAAUGGGCUCAACCAGUUCUUCUGUCUCCUCAAACGCUGUUACUGCUCCACCGAGUAAUCCUGUCCCUGUCAUGCCUGGAAGUGCUGUUAGUCCUGUCACGGUUGGUGCUGGCCAACCACUACAGCAGGGUCAGCCCAAUUUGCCUCCCCAGGCUGUAGGUGUUCCAUCCAUGAUGCAAGCACACCAGCCUGGCAUAGGCAUGAAGCCUGGAACGCAAACACCACCUGCAAAUGUACUCCAGGUUGUGAAGCAGGUGCAGGAGGAGGCGGCGAGGCAGCAGGCCCCCCACACGGCGGUCGGGUACGGCAAGGGCGUCCCUCCCAACAUGAUGGCCCCGCCCAUGCAGAGGCCCGGUCCGAUGGGUCAGAUGGGCCCCGUCCCGGGAGGAAUGGGACCAGGCGCUCAGCUUCUCCCUACGAUGGACAACUGGAACCCCAACCGCUACCCAACGAACGUGGCGCUCCAACCGAACCAGGGCCUGCGGCAGCCCGCACCUCAAAACCCCAACCAGCAACAGCAGCUGCUUCAACAGCAACAACAGCAGCAGCAACAGCAACAUUUACAGCAGCAGCAACAACAACAACCCAUGCAGCAGCAAGUCCAACAGCAGCCCAUGCAACAACAAGUGCAGCAGCAGCCCAUGCAGCAACAGGGUGUUGUCGGCGUGCCCGGGCAGCAGCAGUCCCAGCAAGGCAUGAUGGUGGGUCCUGGUGGCCCUGGCGCCGGUCCGGGCCAGAUGGGCCCUGGCGGUCCUGGAGGCCCCGGAGGCCCUGGAGGCCCUCAGCCUGGUCCUGGGGUGUCUGGAGGAAUCCGGCAACCGGGCAUGCAGGGCCAACAGGGCAAGAUGGCUCUGCACCAGCUGCUGGCCACACUCAAGUCGCCCAACACGCCCGACCAGCAGCAGCAAAUCCUGCAGAUCCUCAAGAGUAAUCCGCAGCUCAUGGCUGCAUUCAUCAAGCAGCGGCAGGCUCACCAGGCUCAGCAGCAGCAGCAACCUCAGGGAGCUCCUGGCCAACCCCAACUAGGCCAGCAGCAGGUUCAGCAGCAGCCGCAGCAACCACAGCAACAGCAGCAGCAGGUUCAUCAGCAACAAAUGACUCAGCAAGUGCAACAGCAGCAGCAACAACAACAGCAGCAGCAGCAACAGCACAUGAUGCAGCAACAACAGCAGAAUAUGAUGAGCCAGCAGCAGCAGCAACAGUUGGUGAACCAGCAACAGCAAAACCGCCUUCAACAAAUGCAACAGCAGCAGCAACAACAGCAGCAGCAGCAACAGGGCCACCAGCAGAUGAUGACGCCUCAGCAGCAGCAGCAACAGCAGCAGCAGCAACAGUGGCAGCUGCAGCAGCAGAUGAUGGCCCUGAAGCAGCGGCAGCAGCAGCCGUUCCAACAGCCCACGGGCUACCCCCAGCAGAGGCUGCCCAUCCGGCCGCCGGGCGGCAUCCCCGUGCAGGGCGUGCAGGGCCUGCAGGGCGGCCUCCAGGGCGGCCUGCAGGGCCACAUGAACUGGGCCGGCCAGCACGACCAGCAGCAGUACGUGGUGCAGGGCGGGCUGCAGGGCGGACUGCAGGGCGGGCUGGGCAUGAAGCCCACGCCGCCGCCCAUGGUCUCGCCCCAGGGCAUGGCCAUGCAGCAAGGCAUGCAGCAGGGCAUGCCGCAGGGCAUGCAGCAAGGCAUGCAGCACCACGUGGGCGUCAUGGGCCCCCCCAACCACAUGCAGCAGCUGAUGCAGACGGUGCGGUCGCCGCCCCCCAUCCGCUCGCCGCAGCCCAACCCCUCGCCGCGGCCCGCCCCCCUGUCCUCGCCGCGGAACCAGCCCGUGCCCUCGCCGUCGGGGCUGUCGGGCGAGAUGAUGCUGUCGGCGCCGCACCCCCACUCCCACCCCCACCAGCACCUGCCUCACCAGUCCCCGGUGGGGUCCGGCGCGGGGCCCUCGCCCUCGUCGCAGGGCCCCGGCCCCGGCCCUGGCCCCGACCCCAACGACAUGACCCCCCAGGAUCAGCUGACCAAGUUCGUUGAACAGUUAUAGCAUGACCGUUACUUAAAUAGAACUGCGUGAACUGAGUAUUUUUUUUAUUACUUUUACUUUUAAAGUAAAGGACUGUGCAUAGGAUUCUUAUCGCUCUCAUAUGAGGCAAGCGAUCCAGUUAUUGGAUUCGUUGAAUGGAAUAGUAUUAUUAAAUGAAUUUAUAUGAGUCAUUUGUACAAAAUGAUAUUGUCUCAAACCCUGUGUAUAUAAUCACUUGAAUCUGUUUUGUGUUUGUGUUCCUAUACUGUAAUGACAACUAAGAAUCAUCAUUUCCAGUGUCAUGUGUCUUGAGUGAUAAUGAUUUUGGAAGAUUUUUAAGCAAACUUGACGCGGCAGUCAUUUUAGUGAAGUGAUGCAAGAGAGUGAACUCAAACCUGCACUGCCGUAUUAUAUUUUCAAUUUGUCGUUAAAAUUGAAGAUUAGUGUUUCCCCUUUUAUACUAUUGUAAAUAGUCUUCUUAUGAUGCCAGUACUGUUUCUAUGGCUCUGAUGUUUAUUAUUGAAGCAAGUUUAUAUUUGAAUGGACAGACUGUGUAUUGGCUUAGCAAAGGCUGUGUUAUGUGCUGCGAGGAUGUCAGACAAUGAACAAAAAAUCAUGUAUUAUCGGUGCAUUACACUAUUGUUUGUUAAUUUUUAUUUUAUUAACUAAGUGUAAACGUGAUGGACGAUGUAAAAUUAACUAGGUAUUGUUUAAUGUACUGAAGUCCAAGAGGCAUAGUCUAUUGGUUCUCCAGUAUGUUUGUUAAUAAGUUGUAUGCAUAUGAUCGUGUUUACAACCUGAAUGCGUAGUUUCACUCUCAUGGGAAAAUUGUAAAUAUAUAGUCCUUAAGUUCCCAUGAAGCUGCAAGUUUGUUAUCAAUAGUAGUAGAAGACCAUGUUUGCCUCUGACCAAGAAAGAAGACAUUUCUGUAUUUAAUUUCCCAUAACUCAUUAUUUAUUACAUCUAGAGAUUAAAUGAAGGUUUCCUUCCAUCCAAUCGACAAAUCUUUAGACCUCACAAACCGGGCUAGCAACAUUUUGGAACGCAUUGGUAUGCACAGUUCCUGAGACUGAAUGCUCAGGGUGAGGCGGUCGUGCACACGGAUCAUGUUUGGCCAUAUGUGAUCCGUGCGCAGGGAAGCUAUUUGACUCGGCUUGAUGGAAAGAAACUGUAGGUCAUUGGAGAUGGUUGCUGCUGCUGCUGUUUAUGUUAAAGCACCUGCAGUGAGACCCUCUCUUCCAUUUAGCCACUAAUUUGGCUGUAUGAAUGAUUUGAUCAUUGUAAUUAAUGUAUAAAUAACACCUUGAAUGUACAAAUCCUUGCUAUUAUGUUAGAGGCUUAGAAUACAUGUGUUGUAUGUAAUUGCUCCGGUGAAAAUUGAAAUAGCUAAAAUGGUGUUCCUCCUAGAACAUUGCCUUACUUUAGUCUAAGUAAAUACAUUUAAUAAAGUAUCAGUAACAUAUGUUACUUUACUUAAAUGAGUAUUUAAAUUCCUUUACUAAACCCGUUGGUCGUUAUCAGUUCAAUGUGUAUGUUGAAUGAAAUUGUUACUGUUGAAGCUACAUUUAAAAUCCAUGACCUUGUAUAUAGAAAUAUUUAUUAGCAGAGCUAUGUUCUUGACCCGUUUUGUUGAUAGGAAAUUGUAAGUGCUAAAUGAUUGACAAGUACAUUGCUGUGCUGUUGGCAUUUUAAAUGUAGAUUCAAUCUAAACAGUGGAGGAGGUGUGGCACAAUCUUGAAUGGGAGAAUUAAAUGAGACUAGGUGCAGAGGCAUGUCUACUUAUGAUCUUCGACAGACCAAAGGUUGGAAUGGGGCUCCUCUUUCAUGUGACUCGCUCUUCUUUUUAUCUACAUAGAGAGGCACAGUUCCACUGUUGGCUCAUUUUAUCAGGCGUUGUCAUGUUGAGGAAAGGAAUGUUAUGUCAAAUGGCUCUGUUUAGUGUAAUCAAUACACUUUUAUCUUACGUUUCAUUUUCAGUCUUUCCUUAUCCUUUUCGAAUUUCAUCUUUUGUAACAUUAAAAGUUAUCAUGUAGUGAUUGGCAUCUGGAGGCAAGGCAACUUUUUAUUUGCAUUUUGUAUAUAGUAACAUAUGUUGCCUAUUUAGCAGCUCAUAACAUAAUUUGUGGCCUGAGCCAUUCAAAAAUGAACUGCCAAGCUUAGAUUCACAAAGAUAGGUACUGUAAUUAUUGAAUUUGCUGUCCACUCAGUGGAGUAAUUCGUUUUUCUAUUGUGUUAAUGUCAUUAAUUCAAUCGUGCAAAACUUGUCAACUUCGGAAUAUAAACAUUCCAGAGCUGCAUGGUAGGAAUAUGUGCAGAGAGGGUACUCACAUUUUUGUGUAAGUAGACUCUUUCUUGUGAUAAAUUUUACAUCAGUGUUCUUUUCUUGGUCUUAUGGCAUUCAGUAUUUACAUGCUUUGUAACAAAUAUGAAUAAACAAUUAUUGCUAAGGGAGACUGUAUAAAUGCAUUUUUAAUUAUUUUUUUGUUGAAGUAAUUAUAAUUUAUUGAACUGAACUUUC